GCCUUGUGCCCGCCGGUGCUGCGCAUGGUCGAGCAGAUAUUCGUGUGUCAGCGUGCACUGUGUGGCGUCGUGGGUGGUUUCCAAUCGCCCAAGUCGUUGUGCGUGAAAAGUGCACGUGUUUCGAGGCUGGGUGAGGUCCGAGAUGUCGCUUUACACAAAGAAAAAAGAUGUGGAUCACUUUGUGAAAGAGCUGCUUUCUAAAGUGAAAGCUGCUGAUGAGCGCGCUCUUCGCGGCUUCAGCAUCGCCCGCAUGUACCAUCACGUGGGCGAACAUCGCACGGCGCUAGAGUACCUGGACUGGUAUCUGAAAGCGAAGCCGGGCGCCGCGCCGGCGCACAAGUUGCGUGGUCAGGUGCUGGCCGCCACCGGCGACCGGCCGGCUGCGCUGGCCGCGUACCAGCGCUCGCUCGAGCUCGACCCGCACCAGAAGGGCCUGGUGAUGACCGGCUGCCAACUGCUGCUCGAUCUGCCGCCGAACUCGGCGCCGGACGGCCGGUGGCUGCAGCAGGCCGGCAAGUAUUUCCCCAACGACCCGAUACUCAUAAAGCUGAAGGAACGGCAACUGCGCUCUCCGGCAACCGACAAGGACUUGGACGACCUUGAGAAGUUGAUGGCAGACGCCGUGGCCGCCCAGCCGGAGGACGGCGACCGUCACAUCCGUCUGAUGAGCCAGCUGACGGCGGCCGGCCGCGCCGGCGACGCCUACAGCUACGGCCGGCAGGUGGAGCAGCGGCGCCCGUUCCCGCGUUCGGUCGCCUGGUACCGGUGCCUGGCCGACGCCUGCCAGAAGCACCAGGCGUCGCUGGCGUCGCCGUCAUCGCCGCCGCUGGAGCUGCAGCUGACCCAGCUGGCCGCGCUGGACCGGCUGGUGGAGCUGGAACUGGUGGCUCGAGCGCCCGCCACUCAGAUCGUCACCAGCCUCUACCGGCUGGACCAGCUGCUGCUCCAGGCGGGUCGGGAUACGGAUGACUCGUCCAAGCCCGAGCAGACGCGACUGGAAGCGCGCGCCUUGCUCAGCCACGUCACCGGCCAGCUCUUCUAUCACAUGGCCUGCGUGCUGCUGUACACCGCUAAGGGCGGCGCUGGUGAGAGGCGGGAGGCGGCCGACAUGGCGCUUGUGCUGUUGCUGGCCGCGCAGGCCUUCCCGCCGCUGGAGCCCGUGUCGCGCAUGUACCAGCUCUCCAACAGACAGGCGACGCUGGACGUGUGGCGCCAGUGCGCCGGCGCCCGGCUGGUGGAGGUGGGCUGGUGCAUCCUGGCCGCCGAGCGCAACAGCAAGCCUAAUCUCUUGCUGGACGUGCAGCAGCAGUUCUGCAACGAACAGGGCCGCAACCGCAUACACUCGCGUGUGUUCGGCGGAGGCGCCUUGUCGUCGCUGGGCCGUCGCGCCACGUCCGCCUUCCUCACGCUGCCGGCCUUUCUGGAGACGAGUCCGGCGGCGCCGCGGCUGGCCGACCUGGCCGCUAUGGCCGGCCUGUUCUGGGCGGAGAGGGCCGGCUCGCUGCACCACGCCGUCUGGCUGCGGCUGCGCUCGGGCGCCGCCGCCGGCCCGGCGCUGGCGGCUGACCUGCGGCUGGGCGACCCCGCCGUCACCUCGGCGGCGCCCGAGACGCUCUGUCGUAUCGACGUGCUGGCUUUCCUCGAGGCUACCGUGUACACGACGGACCAGAUCCGGGCUGCCGCCGGCGGCCGGGACCCUGAGCACCUGUUUCCACCGGCGGUGGCCAGUCCGCUAUGCACACCCGACCAAGCGGAUUGGUGGAGCGCGGUGCAGCGUGUGCACGCGGAGUCGGCGCGCCGCACGAGCUGGGCGGCCUGCGGCGCACGCUCCAGCGCGGCCUGGAGGUGGUGCGCUGCUUCAGCGGACACGGCUGCUCGGCCGGACUGGUGCUGCGGCUGGCAGACUGGGCUCUUGAGCAGGCGGUGAGCGUCGCUCCGUCGGAUGUGGAGGCGUACGAGGCAGCGCGCCGAGCUGUACCUGCGAUCGGCGCGACAGCUGCUGGACAGCCUGAGGAGCGGCGGAGCUUCCUCCGAGCCCAAGACCAGGCUGUUCGACACAAUGCGGGCGGACCACACCAGCGCCGAGAGGGCCGUCUGGCUGCAGGACGGCGCGAGCCGGCUGCUGGCCAGCCUACUCCAGCGGCGCGGCCGGCUCGAGGAGGCGCUGCAGCUGGUAUGCGGCCUGCCAUCGCCC